AUGACCAUGUAUGUGGACUACAGAGGCAUCAUGGAGAAUCACUUGACUGUUAAACAGCUAAAUUACACACAAAAGGCAGUCGUCUCAGAUUUUCUGCAGGCGGCUUCAGAGAGCCCUCACCAUUAUGUUAUUAGCCUCUUCCUCUCCAUCAUCUACACUAUAUUUCUGUUUCCUAUCGGCUUCAUUGGGAACAUCCUCAUCUUAGUGGUCAACCUGGACCACAGGGGCCGCUUCACAGCCCCGGACCUCUACUUUGUGAACCUGGCCGUGGCCGACCUCGCCCUUGUUGCCGACUCUCUAAUCGAGGUGUUCAACCUGAAGCAGGGCUACUACGACAUGGCCGGCCUCUGCACCUUCAUGAACCUUUUCCAGCAGCUCAACAUGUACAGCAGCGUCUUCUUCUUAACCUGGAUGAGCUUCGACCGGUUUGUCGCACUGACUGGCCUCAUAGGUCGCAGCAUGCCGCGCGCACGCCUCAGCUGCUGCCUUAUCUGGAUGUCCUCGUCUUUGUUCACCCUGCUCCCUUUUGCUAUUGCUCAAAGGCAGCACGCCGGAGAGCUCCACUUCUGCUUCGCCAACGUGACCCAGAUUCAGUGGCUGGAGGUGACGCUGGGUUUCUUGCUGCCUUUUUGCAUCUUGGGUCUGUGCUACUGGAGAAUAGCACGGGUGCUUCAGAAUCACGGCCCACAGCAGAGGCCUCGCAGGCAGAAAUCCCUGCGGAUGAUCUCAGCAGCUGUGUUAGUCUUCUUCCUCUGCUGGCUCCCGGAGAAUGUGUUUAUAAGUGUUCACCUUCUGAGAGGUGACACAGACGGCAGGAGCACACUGUGGCAGGACUACCCCUUGACAGGUCAUGCUGUCAGACUGGCGGCCUUCUCAAACAGCUGCCUGAACCCGCUCAUCUACAGUUUCCUCGGGGAGACCUUUCAAGAGAAACUGAGGCUUUUUCUCCUGGAGAAGAGCAGAUGGGUCAAGCUGCACAGAUCAGGCUCAGGAAGAUCCAUCUAUGUACAAGCUGCAAGCACAAGCAGCCAUGCAAUAUGCGACAGACCAGGCCAGUCCACACAUUUAAGCUCCAACAUCCUUCCACAAACUGUUAUACUCCCUUCAAAUAAAUACCAACUGCAUGCGGUAGGUCACACAGAAACUACAGAACAACAUCGCUGUGCCAUGAGUGUGAAGACAGUUAUCAUUAAAGGACAAUGUAAAAGAAAGGACUCAAACUGUUGUGGAAAAUCUUCACCUAUUUAA